ACGUCGAAAUGUACGCAAAAUUUGUAGAUAUAAUUGACGCUUUAGUACAAAAAAAUAAUGUAUCAUAUCCAAGAAUCGCUAUUUUUCGACAGCCAACUCGGGAAGGAGAAUUGAAAAAAUUAUCGAAGACGAAAAGAGAAAUCAAUACUAUCCGGAAAAUGAUAACCGAUAAUCUACACUACGUCCAAAAUAAUAAGGAUGAUUUCGGUUUUGCUUUGUCUAAAUCUUCGAAAAUUAUUGUAGAUCAAAUAGUUAAUGACAUAUUUCGGAAUGUUUUAAUGAAUUGCUUACACAAGAUAAGUAACAAAAUUCACACACACUAUUUGCAAAUAGAAAAACAACAUAAUGACAUUGAAAUGUUAUAUGAUCGAACUUUGCAAGCUUAUAAAGUUUUUUCUGAAAUGAAAAAUUUUAACGAACCUCUAGAAUUCUUCAGAGAGUUUCUUGAUGCAGUUAAUACUUCAAAUAUUUCUGUAUCGAUAAAUAAUUUGAACGAUAUUUCAGAUAACGUCAGAAAGGUGAAAUUCUUUACAACAGUGUCAAAUAGUAAUAAAGACCUUUACAUGAUAUUACUGAAGAAUAGAGUCCAAGAUGUUCUAAAAUUAAUUGAAGAUUUAAAAAACAUUGAUGAUUUUUUGAAUAAUUUGCAAUCAAAUCUAAUGACAUAUAAAUUACAGCAAUUAAAAGAUGACAGUCGAAUUGAUAGAAUAAAGUUAUCAUGUGCUAGCUCGAAAUCUAUAACUGUUGAAAAUAUUACGGAUUUGAAUAAUAUUAUGCAGGAAAUCGGUAAUGAUGAGAUUUAUCAAAAAAUAAAAACAAUGAAACUUAACCGAUUCCAAUUAGAUCAUAUCAAAACGAUUUUCAAUACAUUUCAACGUAACAUUCAAUUUUCAUGCACACCAGAGCAGCUGACUGUAAAAGGAUACAAUGUCAAAAUGUGCGAUGUAAUCAAAUGUGACUGCUGGGCACACGUAAAAAUUAUUCACGUCUUUGCGUUGAACAAGGUUUUUAUAGAUUGCCCAAUAAAUAAAACAGGUGAAGAGGUUCAGAUAUUUAUUUUAGCACCCACGUGGGAAGUUAUCAGAACCCAGAAAAUUAUUUUAAAUGGCAAAGACGGAGAACCACCAAAGGCAGCAUUUGCAAAAUCAUCUAAUGUUUUGUUAGGAAAUGGAACACAUGGUUCUCAGGGGUUUCCAGGUGGCCCUGCUGGACAUUUUUUUGGUGUUGGUGAACAAUUUAUAAAUUCAAAUAAUCUGGAGAUAUAUGCUAACGGUGGCAAAGGAGGGCCUGGACAACAUGGUAGAAAUGGUACAGAUGGCGUCACAGUUGAAGAAAUUCCAGAAUCGUUCUUAAAAAAGGAGUUUACACAGCAUACAGAAGAUUCAAUAAAUUUGGAAGAUAUAAUUUCGAAUAAUAUUAUCAUACGUGUAGUGACAGAAAAACCCAGCAAUGGAGGAGACGGUGGUGCUGGUGGUCAUGGAGGAUAUCCAGGAACAAUUGUAAUUAGUGGCUUUGGAAACUUAGUCAAUGUGAAUACUUCAAAGAAUAUAGGAGACAGUGGUGCUGGCGGUUAUGGAGGAUAUCCAGGAACAAUUGUAAUGAGUUCUACAGAGUUGGAGGGGCUGAGAGGACGUGGUGGACACAAAUCAUCAGGCAGACGAAGUUUGAGUUUUAAGCAUGAACAACUUUCUGAUAUUGCCGGUGAAAAGUUGAUUUUGGAGACUUUUAACAGGGAAUGGUUAAUCAGUUUAGAAUUUCCCGCUGGAGAAUAUGGGAAGCCAGGCUUCAGUAGAAAAGAUGAAAUACUUCCAAAAAGAUUAUAUAUGGUCAACCCAUAUUUUGUCAUUUCUAUUUACAAAGAAUAUAUAAGGGAAAAUCUCUAUAAAAACCUCGAGGAAACAAAAUUGAGAAGGUUUAUUAAAGAUCUCGAAAACGAUCACUACAUCGGAGUAGAAUAUAAUACACUUGUUUUCGUUAGAGAAUUAGAGGGAUUAGAGAAUCAAUAUCUUAAAUUAGGAAUUAAAAUUGAUUUUACUCCAUUUUAUGAUUCAUUACUUGUCCGAAUUGAAAAAUUUGCUAUCUCUGAAAAACUCAUAGAAAACAAAAAAGUACUAAACUUCAUAUAUACUGUUGUACUCACAAAAAUGUUUGCGCUAAAAGAGAGAAAAAAAGGUAAAACCGUUGUUAAUUUGCGUAUGUAUCUAAACGCCAUGGAGGAGAGCAUAAAUGAAGUCAAUAAAAAUACACACUUGCAAACUGUGCAGAAAUACCAAACAGAAUACAAUAAUAUCCUAGCAAAAAAAAUUCAGAAAGCAAAGGAUUUCUCAAAAAAUAUAAUUGAACCUGAAAUUCAGAAACUUUGGGAACAGACAGACGAUAAAAUUCAGGCAAUAAUUAACAAAAUAAAUAAGAAAAAAAAUUAUACUCUCAAUGCAAAAGUCAGACUUGAAAAUGGACGGAUUAUUGAAAACACAGGAAAAAAAAAAGAAAAUUCCCAAAAAAUGAACGAUUUUGAAAGAGAGAUACGUAAAGUCAAAAAUACAGUGCUUAAAUCAAUUUCAGAAGUCAAUAUUUUAAAGAACAAUGUAAGAAAGAUUGAAAAAAAAUUAGUAGAGUUCACAAAUAAACAAAAAGAUUUCAUAGAGCAGGAAAAGAAAACAACAAAAAAAUCAAUGCGCCAAAUAAAUAAAGUUCAAUCCAUUCUCAGUAGCAGCCAAUCUGGGUAUAAUUUUAUUCAACAAUUGAAAAACACUGGAGUAGAGAUUGAAAACAUAAACGUAUUGAUUGCUAAACAUGAUCAACAAUUGAGAGAUUUGGAAAAGAUGAAGAAUCAAGUGUACGAAAAACUGAUGCCGGAACUUCUUAGUAUCGAACAAACGAUGAAUGUAAUCAAGUCUUCAGUAGAAGGAUCGUCACAUGUUAAAUUAGAUAUUACUAAAUGGGCUGCUCGAACGACUUGGAAAGAUCUAAAAUUACUGUUACAAAAAUUCACCUACCAAAUGUCUUUCGAACUACAAAAUGAUUUAAUACGUUUCAUCGAAAAGAUUGACGAAGGAUUUUCCAUUUUGAUUGACCUUCAUGAUCGCAUUGACACUUACGCAGACAGUGUAAAACAAGCUAAAUAUAUUGCACAUAUUGAGUCUGCAACGAUGGAUAACAUUCGAGUGACUGAUGCUGAAUUGAGUAAGGCAAUGACUGAUUUAAAGUUGAUGAUACAUUCGAAUAUAUUAACUGAAAAAUAUGAAAUGGCAUUGUAUGCAUUUAAACAACAUUACUUUCCGUUUGCCGCUCGUGUACUGGGGAAAUUCCAGCUACCUGUAGAUCUACGGCUUAACGAUAGCGAAACAUUAAGAACAAAUAUUAUCAAAAGAAUCAAGGACAUGAACUCUUACAUUGAUGAGAGUGAAGCAACAAUCGACGAGUAUAGCAAAUUCGUUCACGAAAACAAUGUAUUCGAUAGUGAUACUACUGGUUCUUCGCCAUUUUAUGUACGGAACCAUAAAACCAUUAAGGAUGAAAUUCAGCAAUUACUCAACGGUUCAGAGAUUUUGCUUAAAGCAGAUGUAUCUAAAAGACUUAAUUACAAUGCGGUGAAAUACAACGAUAUCAGGAUCAAUUUUAAAUUUAAGAACAAAACUAUCCAAAACAGUUUUAAUUCUGUACUAAAAAAUUUUGCAUUGACCAUAACCAUGGUCGGUAAUAACUUUUAUCGUUGUGGUGAAAAAUAUUAUUUCAUUUCGUUCAAUGACGAUAUUAGCAUCACUUACACUCUUGAUCAGGAUAGAACAGGAAACUGGAUUAAUCCUAAUUCAGUGUAUACUACAAUUCAUCGUAGUCAUUCUUUUCUUAGUCCCUACGGAAUGUGGAGCAUAAAAUUAAAAAAAUUGAAAAAAUCAGUAUCUUGGAAUCAGUUACGUGUUUAUUUAAAUGAGAUAGUUAAAUUGGAAUUGAUUGGUCGUGGAUAUUAUAUUGAACAGGAUCCCUAUUUUAAUUUGGAAAUUUGCAAUGAAUAUUUAGAAUCAUUUUACAACGUUGAAAAUGUUGUUCAGCAAAUUGAAUGAUUUUUGGAAAACUGAAACACAAAUAACUGAAUAUCCUAUACAGACACAUUAAAUACAGGACUAUCUAUAAUAAAAUAGAGAACAUCAUCGCUAUAUGUAUAUUUUAAAAUAUAGCCAAAUAAUAACUCCAAAAUUAAUAAAUCAACUAAAAUGUUUCUUGACAGCUAUUAAUAAAUACAAGAGAAGAUGUCCUGUCGAUUCGAGUCUCAGCUAUAAACUGGAGAUAAACAAACUCUCCCCUCGUUGCUAUAAACAAUCUAAUCGUCAAGUAACGUCAACAUCCUACAAAACUGUCGUUUGUCCAUUAAUCAUUAGAUGGCGACAUACGGAUAUUUUACAAUAUUUAUUCAACAUUUUCACAAUAUGCAACUGUUUAGUGUGAUAAA